AUGGACAUGUUGCAUACUCGUGGCCAGUGGCUGGGUACACUCCGGCCAUACAGCGACGCCUGGGACAUCUUCCGAGAUCUUCCAAUGCUCUGGGCCUCCCUGCGCUUCUUGCUCCGUUUCUUGACAAGGCCUCUGUCGGAGUUCAGCACCGAGGCCGAUUCGGCUCCGUACUUUGGGCUGUUGCUACGUCUUUGUGCUACGCAGCUGUGUUUCCAGACCCUGAGUCGAGACGACCUCGCUGCACUGCUGACGCAUGCUGUCAAAGCCUACGGCAUCGUCGUUCUGUUGCGCUUCGUGAUCACCGGCAUCGGAUACUUGCCCGCUCUCCUGCAACUCGCCAAGGUUCCAGAGCCGCAACGGAAGGACUGGCGUGAGAGGUGCGAGGCGUGCUGCGCAUGGCUGCGCAGGUGCAGCAGGGCCCUGGCUGUACGUCUGGACGAGCCCCUGGCGAUGUGCAUGGCCUCGUUUCGGGAGAACUGCCACUUCCUUCUGUCUAUGCUGAUCAUCAUUGCAGCGCUCGUGUUCACUCUCAACUUCGUUAGCUUCCUUACCUUCGCAUUGAGGCGUGAAGCUGUGGUCAUCGCAGGGACAUUGCAAGAGCUCAUGCGGCAACAUGAAGCAUACCAGGCGCUGAUGCAGAAGGUUGCCAGCCUUGCAAAGCAAACUGGUGUGGGCCCCACACAGGACGUCUCAGGGCUCGUUCUUGCAGUCCGAUCCCAAAUAGAGGCCGCCUUGCCAAACUUGGAGAAAGUCCUGGCGCAGCACAUUCCCAACUUUCAAGCUUUCAAGUAUGUCCUGUACGAUGCCUGGAACGACAACGACAGCGACGACUGGCUCGAUGGGCCAACGAGCGCUUCCUGGGACAUGCAAAAGACCUGCGAAGAUGCCAUCGCCGUCGGGGCAUCCUGCGGACCAGGCUUGGAUGCAAGUCUGCCCAUGAAGCAAAUGCUCCAAAACACUACGGCAGUCCUCCGACACCUGGCCGGCGGGAAUGUGAGCGGUGCGGCUUCCCUUCUUCCCUUCGUCUACUCCGAGGUGGCAGCCGUGUCCUCGAUGAUGGGCCUGGGAGAAGGCGGGGCCCAGCAAAGCAGCACGGCGGAGGCUCUGAAGGAUGGUGCCGCCUACGGCGGGACUCUCUUGGCCAAGUUUACUUACAGCGUUCCCUUGGCCCUGCUGGACACACUCGCCUCCGCUUCCUCGUUGCUGGGCCAGGCUGUGGUCUUUGUGACGGCCCUCUUCUACCUUCUUUCGGCCAAGGAGUCCUGCCUCGCUGUUGUCGGGGAGUUUCUGAGGGUCAUCGACCAGAAGCAGGUCAUCUUCCGAAUCAGCGAACGAGUUAUGCGAGCUGUGCUAGUCUCUGCGAUGAAGAUGUCAGCGUUUCAUGCUCUCUUCACUUGGUUGCUGUAUUCCUUCGGUGAGCUCCCAGUCGUCGUGGUCCCGACAGUCCUUUCCGCCGUCCUGGCCUUGGUGCCCAAGGUUUCGCCGGUGUGGAGUGUUUCUAUUUGGGCCUCCGUGUAUCUCUGGUGGCAGGGCGACAAGGCUUGGGCCAUCGUGUAUGGUGCCCUGAACUUCGCCGUCUGGUUUCAGGUCCCCACCGUUAUCUAUGCCGAGAUCCCUGAGUCCAACGCCUGGCUGACUGGCCUGGGCGUCGUGCUCGGGGUUGGCCAGUUCGGUUUGGCUGGGGUCGUGCUCGGGCCCUUACUUGCUUCGGUUCCGCUGAUCUGCUUCAACCUUGUAAAGUUGUUCAACACGGACAAGAUGGAAUGGCGGGCCUCGGAGGAAGCCCUCCGCCACCCCGCCAUGCGAAGCAGGCGCGGUGAGGCCCACGGUGGCUUCUCUGAUUCUGUACAGCACCGCCCUUCGCUCCUCACGCUCCACCAGUCCUUCUUGCAGAACCAGCCUUCAAGCGACAGCGAGGCCAGAGCACCAGAGCAUAGCAGGGCGGUAUCUGGGGCCUUUUGGAAGGUUUUGAAUUUUGAAGUGCUUGUGACCCGCUACGGCUUUGUCACAGCGCCAGAGCGAGAGUACGUAAGACAUCAGACCUAG